GCCUGCAGACUGUCUCACUGAGCCUGAUUGCAGCAGGUGUGUGUGUCUCUGAUUCUCUGAUUGUGGAGCUGAAGGUCUGCAGGUUGCUGCUGCAGGUUGCUCUCCAACAUCUCCUCACACUUUUGGAUACUUUAACUCUUUCAACCCAUUAGUUGUUUAGUCCUGAUGUCCAGUCUGCACCAUGUCGCUGUGAGGAAACAUGUUUCCAACUCUUAAUUCAUCAGCUUCUGACGCGUCCAGCAACCUGUCAGCUGUGGUAGAUGUUGCUGCUGUGGACCACCAUCGCUCCAUCAAAGUGUGCAUCAUAAUCGUCCUGGGGGUGAUGAUCACGCUGGGGAACGUGGCGGUGCUCCUGGUGAUCUCCUCCAGCGUGGCCGGCUGGUCCAGGAACCACCGCUACUUCCUGCUGUCCCUGACGGCAGCAGACUCGGCCUUCGGCCUGCUGCUGAUGCCCCUGAACCUGUGGGUGAGUCUUCUGAAGGACCACCCUGGAGGUCCUGGAGGUCCUGGAGGUCCGGAUGCUCUCUGUCACCUGGUGGCCUUCUGCAACUCCACCGUGUCCUCCACCUGCAUGUACAGCCUGGCCUCCAUCAGCCUGGAGCGCUACGUGGCGGUGUUCUACCCGCUGCAGUACUCCUCCCUGAUGACCAGGAGGAGGACUCUGCUCCUCAUCUCCUUCUCCUGGUGCUUCCCUCCGGUCCUCCUGGCACCCAUCUCCUUCCCGGACGGCAUCAUGGAGGUCCACUUCUCCAGGGCGUCGCUGGUGUGUAACCCGGCCUACUCCACCAACGUGGGCUACUCCCUGAGCCUGACGGGGCUCAUCUUCCUCCCCUGCUCCGCCAUCAUGACCUUCUCCAACCUGAGGGUGUGGUGCGCCGCCAGGAGCCAGACGCUGCGGCUGCGGGAGUUAUACGCCUGCGCGCGCCGCCGGAGACACAACGUGGCGUCCAGAGUUCUGGUUCCGGUCAUGGCCGCCUACUACACCUGCUGGACGCCCUGCAUGGCCGCCAUGAUCUACAACGCGGUGUCCGGCAGCAGCGUCCCAGAGUGGUUAGAGUUUGUGGUGGUUUGGUUGCCGACGUCCAACGGGUUCCUCAACUGCAUCUUCUACUUCUGGAUCAACCGGAGCUUCAGGAGGAAGUUCUACCUGGUUCUCCAGAGGCCGGUCCUGGUGCUCUGCCCCGGGCUGGCCCGGACCCUCGGCUGCUCCCCAAAGACCCGGUUCGUCUCCGGGGUCCACGACAACAACAACAGCGUCCACGAGCGUUCCUCCAGCGUCUCCUCCACCUGCACGCUGCUGUCCCUGGCUUAGAACCAGACUAGAACAACGCUGCUGUCUCUGGCUUAGAACCAGACUAGAACA